GGUCUUGAAAGAUAGCUUGGAUAAAUGUAAUCUUAGCUGCAAAGUCAGAAAACGUAAACAGCACACAUUUCAAUCAACAUUUAACGUUCAGACGGUGUGAUUUGUGUGAUGAGGUGUGAUAAGUUACUUUCUUAAACUUUUAAAUAUAUAUUUAUUUAAAUUCCAGAUCCAAUAAUAAAGCAAUUUGGUUAAACCAUCCAUUUUGUCAAAACGACCAUUUAACUAUUAAUAAUUUAAAUAAUGUACUGUCAAGUCUUCCCCGAGCACUGCGAUAACAGUUUGGGAUGAAACUAAAUACGUCAGUCUGGUUUCCAUAGCAACAUAAUACCUUGCCACAAACAAAACAGCCUCCCGGUUCAUUUCAAUAGCUAACCUAAAAACAGUUUGAAUAGCUCGCAUGUCCACAUUUUCUGAAGACGUCGAGAGGUAGGAAAGUGUAGUUAAUAGUUGACAUAUUUCCAAAUUCCGCCAUAUUGUGUGUUGCGCUUAAACUUUGUGAGUGGCUUCUAAGCUAGCUGUGAGUUAGCCAUCGCUAUCCAGUGACGUCAUGUUUAGCUAACAACCUACGCGUUUAUAUUUCUGGUCCUCCCUCCCCAGCUGUGAACCGCAUCCCCUCCGUUCACUCUCGCGUCUAUUUCCAGUCCCUCCCCGCACGUCAGGCCUCCCGCUCCGCGCACUCCACCCGGACAGCCAGCACGAGGGUCGCCCUCUUUUCUUUGACAGUGAUAAAGUGCUGGCCCCGAGCCCCCGGAGAGCAGAGGCCGCAUGAGUUCAGCUAGCUAGCCUUUAGCUUCUGUUCAGCUGCGGUGGAUCGAUCAGUCGCUCUUGUCUCCUGUGACCUCGGCCUCACGCCUCGAGAUCAAGGGUGGAAAAUACCUGCCGUCACACCUCUACGUUACUCUAUACCUUUCUCUACCUUACUCUACUUUUCUCUAUUUUAGCUCCACACACUGAACGCGGUGCAAUUUGCAGUUCUAGCCUGAACGCUCGGCUGAGGCUGAAAAGGAUCCUCUGAAGCUGAGACGAGCCACCAUGGUGCGCCUGACCACAGAUCUGAUUGCUAAAUCUAGAAACCACUUCAAAAAGAGAAGGGGCCUCUCCUUCCCAGAGUACCUCAAGACACUCACCCACCUCCACUUUUUCAGCAAGAGCAUUGAAGACAUUGGGGAUCUCUCCAUGUGUAGAAACCUCACCGUUCUUUACCUGUAUGAUAAUCAGAUCACGCACAUUUGCAACCUUGGCUUUGCCUCCAACCUCACCCAUCUUUAUAUGCAGAACAAUAACAUCACUCGUAUAGAGAAUCUCUCCAAUCUGCAGAAGCUCUCCAAACUGUAUCUGGGUGGAAACCGGAUUGCUGUGGUGGAGGGCUUAGAGACCCUCUGCGAGCUCAGGGAGCUUCAUCUGGAGAAUCAGAGGCUGGCACCAGGGGAAAAGUUGCUCCUUGACCCCAUGACUCUCCUCUCACUGGCGGAAUCUCUUUGUGUCCUGAAUAUCAAUAACAACAACAUUGAUGACAUCAGGGACCUGACAGUGCUGAAGGAACUCCAGCAUUUCUCUGCUGCUGACAAUAUAUUGUCCAAUAUGGAGGAGUUGGAGGAUGUGUUCAGCCAUUGGCCUCAGCUGCUUCAAAUGGAUUUGGUUGGAAAUCCUGUGUGUAAAAAAAAAAAGUACAGAGACCGCCUAAUAACCGUGGUCCACAGUCUGGAGGUUCUGGAUGGCAAGGAAAUUAAUGAGUUAACCAGACAGUUCCUUAUUAACUGGAAAGCAUCCAAAGAGAUCAAGAAUAAAAAGAACAACAAGCAUUCGGUGACGGGAUCGUUCGUCCCCUGUCCUUUAACAAAUGACUCUCACGCCGGUCAGGGUGGACGUCCGGCCCUCGUCUACAGCCACGCCAGCGUGCACAGAUGGCAGCCGCAGACGUCUCUCAGAAAUCGAACGGCACAAAAAUUAAAGAUUCCUACGAGCGGACAUGUCAUUCAUGUGGCUCCCUCAUCGCCCGUCUGCAGUCAUGGGGAUGCUUAAGAGGAACCUACCAGUCCACUAAAAUACCCACCUCCUCCACACUUGCAGGGCGAACCCUGCUGCUCCUGGCACCUUCGUCAUAUUUCAUGCUUGUACAUUUAUCAGAACAGAGAAGAGUCGCGGUCACAUGGCUGUGAUGUCCGCAGGCUCUUCAUUAUCCUUGACCUGGACUGGAUUAUAGGGCUUUAAAUAUUUUACUUAUUUUUUUUACAAAAAAUGUUUUGAUUAUAUCUGUCUCUUAAAUAUACAUUUCUAUAAAUGAAUAAAUAAUCUGUUAGUGUUCGAAAUGGAUUACGAAAU